AUGGUGUACUGCAAGGUGACUGCUGCGGUGUGCAAGCAAUGCAACGCCGUCAACUUCCUCGGCUGCCGAGAGCACCGCGAACUCCUGACCCGCGUCUACGCCAAAGAUGAAGUGCACACCACGUGCAGCCACAAGAAGUGCACGACCAACUCGUACGCGUCCAAGUUCCCCUGCGUCUCCUGCAAAGGCACGGUCUACGACGUCUAUCGGUUGACUGUGUCAAAAAACGAAGUCGACGGCACCAUCGGCGCAUUCCACAAGCGGGCGGGCGGCAAGGCCAUCACAGGCAUGCGCAUGGACUCGUGCCUGCUGGCAUGCAUGGAAUGCUCGUGUCUGGUGUUCCCGGUCAUCGGGAAGCGCCUGUGUGUGCUCGACUCGGGCGGCCAGCUGCUCGAUGGUGACGACCAGCCGAUCGACCUCAUGAGCUGGAAGGCCAAGCUGCCCCACUGCAAGAAGCGGUGCCCCGGCACCGCCGACGGACCGUUCGCCCGCAUCGACGUGCGCCUCGACUUUGGCGAACUCGAAUUCUUGCAGGACAUGCUCAAGAAUGAAGGGGACAGCAAGUGGAAGGAGUUCUUUUUCGAGGGCAAGUACGGCUACGAGAAGCGGGCCGAAGGGGACGGGGGUUGA